UCAGUGGAUGUGAAGUCAGAAGUUCCUGUGGGCCUGGAGCCCAUCUCCCCAUUAGACCUAAGGACUGACCUCAGGAUGAUGAUGCCCGUGGUGGACCCUGUUGUCCGUGAGAAGCAACUGCAGCAGGAGUUACUCCUCAUCCAGCAACAGCAACAGAUCCAGAAGCAGCUCCUGAUUGCAGAAUUUCAGAAACAGCAUGAGAACUUGACACGGCAGCACCAGGCUCAGCUUCAGGAGCACAUCAAGGAACUUCUAGCCAUAAAACAGCAACAAGAACUCCUAGAAAAGGAGCAGAAACUGGAGCAGCAGAGGCAAGAACAGGAAGUAGAGAGGCAUCGCAGAGAACAGCAGCUUCCUCCUCUCAGAGGCAAAGAUAGAGGACGAGAAAGGGCAGUGGCAAGUACAGAAGUAAAGCAGAAGCUUCAAGAAUUCCUGUUGAGUAAAUCAGCAACGAAAGACACUCCAACUAAUGGAAAAAAUCAUUCCGUGAGCCGCCAUCCCAAGCUCUGGUACACGGCUGCCCACCACACAUCAUUGGAUCAAAGCUCUCCACCCCUGAGUGGAACAUCUCCAUCCUACAAAUACACAUUACCAGGAGCACAAGAUGCAAAGGAUGAUUUCCCCCUUCGAAAAACUGCCUCUGAGCCCAACUUGAAGGUGCGGUCCAGGUUAAAACAGAAAGUGGCAGAGAGGAGAAGCAGCCCCUUACUCAGGCGGAAGGAUGGAAAUGUCACUUCAUUCAAGAAGCGUAUGUUUGAGGUGACAGAAUCCUCAGUCAGUAGCAGUUCUCCAGGGUCUGGUCCCAGUUCACCAAACAAUGGGCCUACUGGAAAUGUUACUGAAAAUGAGACUUCGGUUUUGCCACCUACUCCUCAUGCUGAGCAGAUGGUUUCACAGCAGCGCAUUCUAAUUCACGAAGAUUCCAUGAACCUGCUAAGUCUUUAUACCUCUCCCUCUUUACCCAAUAUUACUUUGGGACUUCCAGCAGUGCCAACCCAGCUCAAUGCUUCAAAUUCACUCAAAGAAAAACAGAAGUGCGAACCCCAGACGCUCAGGCAAGGCGUUCCUCUGCCUGGGCAGUAUGGGGCCAGCAUCCCAGCGUCUUCCAGCCAUCCCCAUGUCACUUCAGAGGGAAAGCCCAACAGCAGCCACCAAGCUCUCCUGCAGCAUUUAUUACUGAAAGAACAAAUGCGACAACAGAAGCUUCUCGUGGCUGGUGGAGUUCCUUUACAUCCUCAGUCUCCCUUGGCAACAAAAGAGAGAAUUUCACCUGGCCUUAGAGGUACUCACAAAUUACCUCGUCACAGACCCCUGAAUCGAACCCAGUCUGCACCUUUGCCUCAGAGCACGUUGGCUCAGCUGGUCAUUCAGCAGCAACACCAGCAAUUCUUGGAGAAGCAGAAGCAAUACCAGCAGCAGAUCCACAUGAACAAACUGCUUUCGAAAUCUAUUGAACAACUGAAGCAACCAGGCAGUCACCUGGAGGAAGCUGAGGAAGAGCUUCAGGGGGACCAGACGAUGCAGGAAGACAGAGCACCCUCUAGUGGCAACAGCACUAGGAGCGACAGCAGUGCUUGUGUGGACGACACACUGGGACAAGUUGGGGCUGUGAAGGUCAAGGAGGAACCAGUGGACAGUGACGAAGAUGCUCAGAUCCAGGAAAUGGAAUCUGGGGAGCAGGCUGCUUUUAUGCAACAGCCCUUCCUGGAACCCCAGCACACAUGUGCGCUCUCUGUGCGCCAAGCUCAGCUGGCUAUGGUUGGCAUGGAUGGAUUAGAGACACAUCAUCUUGGCUCCAGGACUCAUUCCUCUCCUGCUGCCUCCAUUUUACCUCACCUAGCAGUGGACCAGCCUCUCCAGCCUGGCUCUGCAACUGGAAUUGCCUAUGACCCUCUGAUGCUGAAACACCAGUGCAUUUGUGGCAAUUCCACCACCCACCCUGAGCAUGCUGGACGAAUACAGAGCAUCUGGUCACGGCUGCAAGAAACCGGGUUGCUAAAUAAAUGUGAGCGAAUUCAAGGUCGAAAAGCCAGCCUGGAGGAAAUACAACUUGUUCAUUCUGAACAUCAUUCACUGUUGUAUGGCACCAACCCCCUGGACGGACAGAAGCUGGACCCCAGGACACUCCUAGGUGAUGCCUCUCAAAAGUUUUUUUCUUCAUUACCUUGUGGUGGACUUGGGGUGGACAGUGACACCAUUUGGAAUGAGCUGCACUCGUCCGGUGCUGCACGCAUGGCUGUUGGCUGUGUCAUCGAGCUGGCUUCCAAAGUGGCCUCAGGAGAGCUGAAGAAUGGGUUUGCUGUUGUGAGGCCCCCAGGCCAUCACGCUGAAGAAUCCACAGCCAUGGGGUUCUGCUUUUUUAAUUCAGUUGCAAUUACCGCCAAAUACUUGAGAGACCAACUAAAUAUAAGCAAGAUAUUGAUUGUAGAUCUGGAUGUUCACCAUGGAAAUGGUACACAGCAGGCCUUUUAUGCUGACCCCAGUAUCCUGUAUAUUUCACUCCAUCGCUAUGAUGAAGGGAACUUUUUCCCUGGCAGUGGAGCCCCAAAUGAGGUUCGGUUUAUUUCUUUAGAGCCCCACUUUUAUUUGUAUCUUUCAGGUAAUUGCAUUGCAUGA